CCCAAGAGAAUCUCCAUCCAUAUCUCAACUCGGUUUUCAAGUUUAACAGCAGAUCUGAAAUGGCUUCUUCUUCUUCUUCAGUCGUGGAAUUGCUCCCUAAAGGUUACGGCUAUGUGGUUCUGGUUGCUGUCCUGUACAGCUUCCUGAAUUUCUUCAUGGCCGCCAAAGUGGGGUUGGCAAGGAAGAAGUACAAGGUGUUCUACCCAACCAUGUAUGCAUCCGAGUCCGACAACAAAGACGCCAACGUGUUCAACUGUGUUCAGAGAGGUCACCAGAACUCUCUUGAAAUGCUGCCUCUGUUCUUUGUCUUCCUCAUUUUGGGUGGUCUCAGGCAUCCUUGCAUCUCUGCCUCCCUCGGUUUGCUCUACACCGUCUCCCGCUUCUUCUACUUCCAAGGCUACUCCACCGGCGACCCACAAAAGCGUCUCUCUAUUGGGAAGUACGCGUUCUUGGCUUUGAUGGGGCUUAUAGGGUGCACAAUAUCGUUCGGGGUCACUCUUCUUCUCCAAGGAUAACUACUCAAACCAACACGAGGGCUCAGGGCUUUUGCCUGUGCCGGCUAUCUCGUAUGCUGAUACUGUUUUCGGUGUUACAGUUAAUAAGGAGAUAAGAUAGUGUUUAUUUUAUAGGCUUUCAUGUCUGCAAGUUCGAUUUAUCACUUAUCAGUUACUGUAUGUGAAUUAUGUUUACUAAUAGCAAUGAAACUACUUCUGCUGCUUUGCUC